AUGUUGUUUGAAAUAUUGUUGUAUUGCUGGUACGGUAAUGAGCUCGACUUGAAGAUGAAAAGCGUCGCCUACGCAAUCUAUGUCAGUAACUGGAUGGCAGUGUCGGCCAAGCAACGUAAAAGUUUGAUGCUCGUGAUGUUGAUAAGCCAGCGAGGCAGGAUACUCUCCUUCUAUGGAUUUUCCGAUUUGAUCCUCAACACUUUCAUGUCGAUUUUGAAGACGUCCUACUCUGCCUUCAAUUUGCUGCAGUAA